GUCUUUCAGUUUGCAGUGAAAGAAUCACUUAUAACAAAACUGCCAACAAACGAAUUAAUGAAUCCAUCCCAGAAGAAGAAAAGGAAGCACAGUGUGUCCAAUAAUUCACCUACCCAGGUGUACAACUACCAGCCCUGUGACCACCCUGAGCAUCCCUGUGACAGCUCCUGCCCUUGCAUCAUGACCCAGAAUUUCUGUGAGAAGUUCUGCCAGUGCAACCCUGACUGUCAGAACCGCUUCCCAGGCUGCCGCUGUAAAACCCAGUGCAACACCAAGCAGUGCCCGUGCUACCUGGCCGUGCGGGAGUGCGACCCGGACCUCUGCCUGACCUGCGGGGCUUCGGAGCACUGGGACUGCAAGGUGGUCUCCUGCAAGAACUGCAGCAUCCAGAGAGGCCUCAAAAAGCAUUUGUUGCUGGCACCGUCGGAUGUCGCCGGCUGGGGGACUUUCAUCAAGGAGUCUGUGCAGAAGAACGAGUUCAUCUCCGAGUACUGUGGUGAGCUCAUUUCACAGGACGAGGCUGACCGGCGAGGGAAGGUCUAUGACAAGUACAUGUCCAGCUUCCUCUUCAACCUCAACAACGAUUUUGUUGUCGACGCUACCCGCAAGGGAAAUAAAAUCCGCUUUGCCAAUCACUCGGUGAACCCCAAUUGCUAUGCCAAAGUUGUGAUGGUGAACGGAGACCACCGGAUAGGGAUCUUUGCCAAGAGGGCCAUCCAGGCAGGAGAGGAGCUCUUCUUCGAUUACAGGUACAGCCAGGCAGACGCCCUGAAGUAUGUUGGCAUAGAGAGGGAGACAGACAUCAUCUAGGCUCUGUGCGGAGCAGUCCCCAGCACACCUUCUGCUGCACCUUGUAAGCAAUGCCAUGUUUGCUUCACGCUGACAUGACUGCGCUGUUCCCGUUGCUGUGUGCGUCACCAGUGCUACUUUCCAUC